AUGAGCCAAGAGCCCGCUCCCAGCUACGGCGGCUACAACGGCGGCUACGGUGGUGGCGACAACGCAGGAUAUGCUGCCCCCGCCCAGACACAAGGUGGCUACGGUCAGUACAACCAGCAAUCCUACGGCUCGGGCCGUGAGGCUCAGAACUCAUUGGACGGCGGUUACGCCGGCUCCGGAGUUGAGAUGGCCCCUCUAGCCACGAACGGAGCGUCGGUCGGACGCACCGACCCCAACGCCAUCCUCAACGAGUGCCGCGACAUCGACCGCGGCAUCGACGGCAUCGAGCGCAACCUCGAGUCGCUGCGGAUGCUGCAGCAGCGCACGCUGGACGACGCUGACGGCUCCGCGUCCAGCGCUGCCAACCGCCAGCUCGACGGCCUGUCGACCGAGACCAUGGCCAACUACCGCGCGCUGACGGAGCGCGUGCGCGCCGUCAAGUCGGACCCCGACUCCCGCACGCCCAAGAACAGCCCGCAGGUGGGCCGCGUGGACCGCCGGCUCAAGGACGCCAUCCGCCAGUACCAGUCGGUCGAGUCGCAGUUCCGCAAGCGCACGCAGGACCAGAUGGCGCGCCAGUACCGGAUCGUGCGCCCCGACGCCACCGAGGACGAGGUGCGCGCGGCCGUCGAGGACACGUCGAGCAACGGCCAGGUCUUCCAGCAGGCCAUGAUGAACAGCGACCGCCAGGGCCGGGCCCGCGCCGCCCUCAGCGCCGUGCAGGACCGCCACGACGCCCUGGUCAAGAUCGAGCAGCAGAUGGUGGAGCUGGCCCAGCUCUUCCAGGACAUGGACACGCUCGUCGUGCAGCAGGAAGAGGCCGUCGUCCAGAUCGAGCAGAAGGGCGAGGAGGUGGUGGACAACCUCGACAAGGGCAACCAGGAGAUUGGCGUGGCCGUCAACACGGCGCGCGCCACCCGCAAGAAGAAGUGGAUCUGCCUGGGCAUCAGCGUGGCCAUCGUGCUCAUCAUCGUCAUCAUCGUCGUCGUCUACUUUGUCGUCGUCAAGGGUGACGACGACGACAACAAGAAGAAGCGCUCCGUCGGCAACCUCGAGACCAUGCCCUUCAUCGGCAUCAACUCGCGCAUCAUCGGCCGUGCCACCCCCGCAGCUCAAGAUCUCAGCCGUGUAAUGCGGGAGCGUCUGCAUCUGCCACAGAUGCCGCAUAACUAG